AAUGUGUAGAUCGUAUACAAUGAGAGCGCAUGCGUUGACUAUUUGGAAGCCAUGAUUAUUGAGCACCGAAUCGACUCAUUUGUGGCCAAUUUGUCGACAAUGCUAUCGAGUGGUCAAACACAGAGUCACCCGACGGCCAAUGAGAUACCAAAAAACCGGUCACUGACGGGAACGGUGACCAAAGUGUUGGAAAACUUCGGUUUCAUCGAUGACAGCGUUUUCUUUCAGUUGAGUGUUGUCAAAGGAGGAGACGUUAUGGUCGGCGAUAAAGUCCAGUGCGAGUGCUCUUAUAGUGAACACUUGCCAUUCAAGUGGAACGCAACGGUUGUACGACUAGUUCAUACAAACAACAGACACAACAACAACACUUCAAACAUACAAACACCGCAAACAACACAAGUGGCCACCACUUACCUUCAGCACCGACUUCAACAACAACAGCAACAAUCUCGCGGCGGCGAUGAUUCGGCUAACACAAUGUCCGCAAUGACAAACAGCUCACAAAAUUACUACUCGACUUCGGCUUCGGGUAACUCGUAUUCCUCUCAGCCAUCGUUUGACUUCGCGAAGACACAGCAAGCAGUGGCUGCCGCUCAGCAAUUGGCUUCAUAUUAUGGACAACCACAACAACAACAACAACCACGAACUGAUGCGUCUAGUAAUGCGUUCAGUCAAUUGCAAUAUACGUCUACUCCAGGUUCGGCAUUUGUUUCGUCUACCAUUCCCUUUACACAACAAAUUCAAAAUAAUUUGUUGUCAACCGCACCGCGAACUGCCACACAAAACAACUAUAAGACGAGUAAUUCUCGUUGGGAACGGGAUGAUCGUCCCAAUCGGGGGGACGACCGAAUUCGGCCACGAGAUACAGUUCGGCCACGUUUAGCCGAUUCAGGUCGCAGACGAAAUGAUUCGCGCGAUAGAAACAUUCCUCUCAAGGAUGGAAGGGAUGGAAACAUUCCUCUCAAGGAUGGAAGGGAUGAGUUUGGACGAGACAUCAGAAACGCAGAUAAAAGUAAGGAUAGAGAGCGCGAACGAGAGCGUCGAUAUAAGCGCUCGGAAUCACCGGUCAGUGUUAGCAGCAGUCAAAACGUGUCGCGUGUGUCUCGACGUCGUUACGAACCGGUCAACAUUCCUAAGUUGACUAUUCUUAAGAGUCCACUCAAUGUCUAUGAUAUCAAACAAAGAUAUUCAACUAAUCUUCAUAUUCCAUCCGAUCUUAAAGAAGUUAUUGUUAACACGAAAUUCUCUUUGAAUAUCAAUGAAAUUCCUAAACCCAUUACUUUUCGAGUGAUUGAAGUCAACAAAAAGUCAAAAGAUGUACCAAAAAAGUCUGAGUCACCGAAAGAAAAUAAAACAGAUAAAGAAAAUAACAAAUCAGAAAAAGAAAAUGAAGUAAUAGAAAAAAAUGAUAAUAUCAAUGGUACCAAUGGUACAAUUAUUACCGAUACUACAGAUACUACUACUACUACUACUACUUCUGCUGCUGAAAACAAUGAAGAAACAAAUAAAGAUGAAAAUAAAGUCGAAGUCAUAGAAGUGGACGAAUCUAACGAUAAAACAGAAGAUAAGAAUGAAGAGAAAGAGAAGGAAAAUAAGGAAAAAGAAAAACCAAUUUUAGUGGAACAGCCCAUAGCUAUGAAAAGCACCUAUAAAUAUGGUGUCAAAGUUUUGAUAUUAUCUUUGCCAGUGAUGACUGAUAUCUACGAUCGCUUAUUUGGUUCAGAUUUUGAUGCCAUUAGUAGUGGAAAUAAGUCAUAUUUUUUGCAUUUCAACAAAUUGUUGGCUUUUCUUGUGUCUCGAAAUUCAAACGAUGGCUUUUCAUUGAUUGGCGGCAAAUUCAAUGCUAAUUUAGAUGGAUAUCUGUCUGACUCCGAUGAACCAAAUUUGAUCGCAACUGCAGUCCGUAUUGUUGAAGAACAAACGGGAAUGAAUUUAUCGAAAUGUGGAAAAUGGAGAGUAAUAUCAACUUUUGUUUACAAUCGUGACAGCUCUGUGGACCCGUUAACAACUAAUCUGGAACUGACGCGAGUCUAUAUGCCGGAUGUCUGGUCAGCAUUUGAUGGAAUAUACGAGCCGUUAAAGCACUUGAAAACUAAUAAUGAUUUAGACAUUGAUAAUCAAAUUGAUUCUAUUUUAACAAAUGAUAAUUUAGAAAAUAAUAGUGAAGUUAUUGAUAAAAAAGAGUUGAAAAAUAGUGAAGACAUUAUUUCUUCUGAUGCCACACAAUCAGCAAACGUUUCUGUAUCUCAAGACUCAUCACUGGUAACUGACACUGACAUUGAUUCCAAAUGUCGAUCUUCGGAUUUAUCUCAGACUCCUAUCAAUGAGUCGCAACUCAUGGACACUAAUGUGCCUCGCGUUGAGUCGACACCUACUGUUGAUUUUGCUUCUUCAGAAACUCUGGUUUCGGAUUCAAUUGUAACAUCGGAUGCGCCAAUCGUUGAUCCUUCAUCUGUUGAUUCAGUCAAACCACAGGAACAGGAAUUGUCUGCGACAAACAUUGAAUCAGAACUCGAUCUAACUUCUGACAUAACGGAUGAUCAGUCGUCGCAAUUGAACACAUCCAACGAAAAGGUUGUACCUUCAGGUGAUUCCUCUGAAUUACAUCAAUUGCUUUUGCGAAUAAACGACUUGAAAGUCGCUGAAUUGCGCGCAGAGCUUGAAAAACGAGGCGUUCGUCUUAAAGGUAGCCUUAAAAAGGCUGAUUUAGUGACGAAAUUGCGUGAAAUUAUUAACCAAUUGCUUGAAGACCAGGAAAUAGUAACUGAUGAGGUUAAGAACGAUUGGUGGGCACAAAAAAUUAUGAAAGAGAGUGUCACCUCUGAGGAGGGUAACGAUCAAUCAAUAACUGACAAUAAUGAAGAAAAAGUAGAUAAUGACAGCAUAAGCAGUCAACCAGAUGUUGACGGUUCGGUUAUUUCAGAAACAGUACAGCAAUCGACUGACAUUGAUAUGACUGAUAAUGACACACAAAGUCAGGAACAGUCGACAAUUAACGUUAAUGAAGAACCAAUGGCUGUUGAAUUAACUGAUGAUAAAACAAAUGAUACGAACACUGAAAUAAAAAGUGUUGACAAUGUUGUCAAUGAUGUAAAUGAUGGCCAGAAUAAGGAAACAAAUGGUAUUAAACGUAAAAAUGAUUCACAAUCGCCACUAAAAGAUAAUAAGAAAGUCAAGAAUGGAGAGCAAACUAUUCCAUCGAAAGUAGUCGAUGGAUGUGUUUAUGUAAAAGGAGGCGAAAAUUUAACUGUUAUUACACUUCAUGAGGCUUUGAAUCAUCAACGAUAUGAUCAGUUUGAGAUGUCAAUUGUAUCAGAAAUCAUAAGGGAAUCACUUAUUCAUCACUUUUCACACUAUAUAUUGUCGACAUUAGUUAAUAAUAGUAAGAAUCCGCUGUCAAAGGAGGAGAAGACUGCUUUGGAAUUAAAGACUCAAUUGCCUGUAAAUUAUGUCCACUUGUCGUUCGCAUACUUUGAUUCGAGUCAUUGCGGAUAUGUUUUGUCCGAAGAUUUAACAAAACUAAUAAAUAACUCUAAUUUCACUCUUUCGAGACGUUCUUUCGAAAAGUUAGUUAACAAUGAAGACAAAGUCGUCUAUAGAGACCUUAGCGAACCAAAAGAAUUACUGCCAAUUGUUUCGAGUGCUGUCGACCUGAUUAAGACAAAUGAAGGACAAUCACAACUGAUAAAUGCAAAGAUAUACGAAAAGAAUGGAACCGUUUAUGAUAUCAAUCAACUCAUUGAUCAGUCAGAAAAUGACGAAAAAUUAAAAGUAAAACUCAAUGAAGAGUUAACUGUAAAUCAGGAAAAAAUAUACCAAUUGAAUGAAUAUAUUCAAGAAUUAGAGAGCAAACAGAAAAAGAUGACGAUUGCCACUGAAAAACAAAACGAUGAGAUAUGUAGUAUUAAACGGGAACGGGAGUCAAUCAAAACUAAGUAUGAAGCCAUGAGAAAAGCAGUCGAGUCGUCAGUUUCGGCAUUUAAUAAAGUGUUGGAAAAUCAAAGCGAAAAUCAGAGUAAUAAAUAAAAAAACCAAUAAAAACAAUCAUAAAUAUUGAAAAUCUUUAUUAUAGAUUGAUAUUUA